AUCAGAUUACUUUAGUCAGAGUUUGAUCAGUUUGAGCUGAAGUUGGAUUACUGAGCUAGAGGACAUGGAGCACAAAAUAAGUGACACAGCCUUUAACGUGUUUGAUGAAGUUCGCUUAGAGGGGGAACACACUGACGUCAUCAUCACAGUUCAGGGCAAACAUUUUAAAGUGCAUAAGAUCAUCCUUUGUGGCUGCAGCCCUUAUUUUAGGAUGCUUUUCUCCACUCAAUGGACCAACACGGAGGAACAACCCUACGAUAUUCCAGGAUUGUCCUCGGACACCAUGUCUCUUAUUAUUCAAUAUGCAUAUGCAAGUCCUGUCCUCAUUACUGAAGAGAAUGUGUCGGAGCUCUUGGUGGCGGCAGAUCAGUUUAUGAUCUCAGAUCUAAUAGAUGCCUGCUGCCAGUUCCUGGAGGCAAACCUUUGCCCGCUGAACUGCAUUGGUGCCUGCAUGUUAACAGAGCGUUUCCACUCCUGCUCAAAGCUCCACCAGAAAGCAAGGCUUUACGUCCUGCAGCACUUUGAGGAGGUGCUUCGAGUAUCAGAGGAGUUCCUGGAACUCCCGCUGGGACAUCUAGAGGAACUGAUUGCUCAGGAUGAGCUGAACGUCAAAAAGGAGGAGGUGGUUUUUGAGGCCAUCCUUCGCUGGAUUGGUCAUGCACCUGAAAACAGGAGAAAACACAUUGCCCUGUUACUUUCAAAGGUUCGAAUGGGGUUGAUGUCACCUGAAUACUUCAUGAAUGACGUAAGAAACAAUGCACUGGUGUUGGAGAACGAGGCAUGUUCGGAUAUUGUCAUCAAUGCAAUGAAGGUCAUUUUUGCCCCCUACAUUGAGGAACCUGCCAGUUCAGAGCUCAUAAAUCAGCUGACACGCCCACGUCUGCCCUCUGAGAUCCUAUUGGCCAUCGGAGGGUGGAGCUUAAGCAAUCCCACCAAUGAGAUUGAGGCAUAUGAUGCAAGGGCGGACUGUUGGGUCAAUGUGACUCAAGAGGAUGAGCUUCCCAGAGCCUAUCAUGGUCACACUUCACUUUCACACUACUUUAUUAUACUUGACCUGUUUUAAUGCUCAUAAUCCUGCCCUGUGUAAGAACAUGAAAGUACCGACAGUCUUUUGAUUGUGUAAGUAAAUGUUUGAUGACUGAAUUUGUACUUGAAGAACAUGAUUUAUUAGGUACAAUCACAUUUUUGGACUAA